AUGGAUGGCGAAAAGGGCGAGUUCCAGGCCCUCGGCGGAUCGCUGGCCCUCGAUCAGAAAGGCGAAUUUCAAGCCCUACGGGGCACCCUCUCAUUGGAUCUAUCCGCAUGUAAACUACGUAAUCCGCUACCUGCUACGACCAAUACAGCUAAUAAUGGCCCCGACUCGCAUUUGACUCGACUUGUUUACGAGGGUGUAGAACAGGCACGUUCCGAUCCUACACUUGAGCAGAAGCAGUACGCGCAAGGAUUUCUCGAUGCCCUCCGCACAGUUCAACAGAUUCAUAAUUUCGAAUUCGAGAAAAAAGUCCUCUCGCCAGGGUUCUUAACCCCCCUGGUCAGCACGGAACUGCUCACUCCCCUCAUAUCUCCUUCUAGUCGGUAA